AUGUCUCGGCAAUCCACCGUGAAGAUCCAGAGGGGGAGAAGUGGCUUCAGUGCUGCUUCUGCCGUGGUGCCCAACACGUGUCGCUCCAGCUUCAGCUCCUGCUCCGUCACCAGGCUCGGGAGCUGCGGCGCUGGCAGUGGCUUUGCAAGGCUUGGUGGUGGUUUUGGAAGCAAAAGCCUCUACAAUGUUGGUGGCUGCAAGAAGAUCUCUGUGGCUGGAAGGGGUGGAAGCUUCUACGGAUCCUCAGGGUUUGGUGGUGGCGCUGGGAGUGUGUAUGGUGGUGGCUUUGGCAUUCCAGCUGCACUUGGCUAUGGAUAUGGUGGCCUUGGUGGUGGUCCUGGAUUCCCAGCUGGGGGUAUCCAUGAAGUCUCAAUCAACCAGAGCCUUCUGAAACCUCUCAACUUGGAGAUCGACCCCAACAUCCAAAGGAUCCGAAAGGAGGAGAAGGAACAAAUCAAGACCCUCAACAACAAGUUUGCCUCCUUCAUUGACAAGGUGAGAUUCCUCGAGCAGCAGAACAAAGUGCUGGAAACCAAGUGGAGCCUCCUCCAGGAGCAGGGAAUGAAGACAGUUAGGAACAACCUGGAGCCUCUUUUUGAGACCUACAUCAACAACCUGAGGGUGCAGCUCAACACUCUGCUCAGCGACAAGGGCAGGUUGGAGGGGGAACUCGUCAACACGCAGUACCUGGUGGAGGACUUCAAGAAGAAGUAUGAAGAUGAGAUCAACAGGAGAACCAUGGCAGAGAAUGAGUUUGUGACGCUCAAGAAGGAUGUAGAUGGUUCCUACAUGAACAAGGUGGAACUCCAAGCCAGGGCAGAUGCUCUGAACGAAGAGAUCAGUUUCCUGAGAGCUCUCUAUGAAGCAGAGCUGUCCCAGAUGCAGACCCAGAUCUCAGACACCUCCGUGGUCCUUACCAUGGACAACAACCGAAACCUGGACCUGGACAGCAUCAUCUCAGAGGUCAAGGCACAGUAUGAGGACAUCGCCAACCGCAGCCGCGCCGAGGCCGAGUCCUGGUACCAAACCAAGUAUGAAGAGCUGCAGGCCACGGCAGGGAGACAUGGGGACGACCUCAGGAACACCAAGCAGGAGAUCUCCGAGCUCAACCGCCACGUCCAGAGGCUCAGAUCCGAGAUCGACAGCGUCAAGAAACAGUGUGCAAACCUCAAAGCAGCCAUUGCAGACGCUGAGGAACGUGGAGAGUUGACCCUCAAAGAUGCCAAGGCCAAACUGGCAGAGCUGGAAGAUGCUCUGCAACAGGCCAAGGCUGACCUGGCUCGGCAGCUCCGAGAGUACCAGGAGCUGAUGAACGUCAAACUGGCCCUGGACAUCGAGAUUGCCACCUACAGGAAGCUGCUGGAGGGAGAGGAGUGCAGGUUGGCUGGAGAUGGUGUCCCAGUGAACAUCUCCGUCACCAGGACCACGGUGGGAACAGGGUACGGAGCAGGAAGCAACCUCAGCAUGGGAGGAGGAAUGUGCACCAUGGGCAACAGCUUCAACUGCGUGGGCAGCCCUGGGGUGGGCAGCACCAGCCUCGGCGCGGGCAGCAGCUCCAGCAUGAAGUUUGUCUCCACCUCCUCCACCAGAAGAAGCUACAGGAGCUAA